GUCAAAAGUCAACAAAUCUAAAAACCACGGACAAUGUUCGUUCUUGCAACUUGUAAUUUACUUAGUUCCUUCCUUCCAAUUCAGUAGUAAAUGAAUUCCUGGUGAAUAAUGGAUGAAAAUAUGUCUGAUGAUGAAGGUAAAAGAGAAAAACCGUUCAACACUCCGGAUAAGAAAAAAAGAUUGAAAACCGAAGGGAACUAUGCGGAAGAAUCGUCUAGUUCAUCCAGUAAUACUACACAACAGGAAAGGGUGAACACAACCAGUUCUGGUACAGAUAGUGGUUUCAAUAGACCUACGAAUUCUAGGAAUCGCAACUAUCGAGCUCGAUUGGACAGUGAUGAACUAAUGGAAGAUAGAAGUGGUGAGGCUGAAGACUCUGGGAUGCAGGACGAGGAUUCUGAGCCACCUGAAGGAAACCUUCUCCAACUUUGUGAUGAACUUUUUCCAGAAGAUACAGACGAUUCAGAUGUAGACGAUGAGGAAUAUUCUGUGUUGGAAAAAGAAAAACCGAAACACAAUUGGUUCGUCAUACCAGAAGUGAUAAAUAGACAAAUAGGAUUCAGUGCGAAAUUACAGAGUUCUAGUUUAUUUCAAAGGCGUUGUUACGGUUCCUUAUAUAGUGUUGAAAAACUAGAACUGAUGGAUAAAUUAGAGGAGCAUGAAGGCUGUGUUAAUAGUAUAAAUUUUCACCCCGAAGGCAAAUAUUUAGCCAGCGGGUCUGAUGACCAGAAGGUCAUAAUCUGGGACUGGAAAGUGGGAAAGUACUUGUUGAAGUAUGAUUCCAAACAUAGAGUAAAUGUCUUCCAAACUAAGUUUCUGAACUUGAGUGGUGAUCUCCAUGUUGCUUCUUGCGCUCGUGAUGGCCAGGUCAGAGUUGCCAGAAUAUCUUCUGAAGGAGUAAGGGAAUAUAGGAAAUUGGGAUGCCACAAAGGGCCUUGUCAUAAAUUAGCUAUUCUACCAGAUCAACCCCAUGUUAUCCUCAGUGCUGGUGAAGAUAGUAUAGUGCUAAGUCACGAUCUUCGACAAACCAAACCAGAAAGGAUAGUCAGUGUCCAAGACGAUGAACUGGAAGUGCCAUUGUACAGUAUACAUGGCCACCCGCUGAAGACCAUGGAGUUCUGCGUCAGCGGCAGAGACGAAAUAGUGAGGACCUACGAUCGAAGGAACAGCUCCAGCCCUCUGGCCACAUACCAUCCCUUCAAGAACAGAGCGCUGCGCAAAAGGGUUUCCGAAUGCCACGUAACCUGCGCCGUGUACAAUCACGACGGAUCCGAAAUCCUCGCCUCGUACAAUGACGACGAUAUAUACUUGUUCGACGUGAACUGCGAACCGGGCGACUCCCUGCAUCAGUACCAAGGGCACAGGAACAGCGCCACCAUAAAGGGGGUGAAUUUCUUCGGACCCAGAUCAGAGUUCAUCGUCAGCGGAUCUGAUUGCGGCUUCGUCUACUUCUGGGAGAAGAAUUCCGAGUGCAUCGUCCAGUGGUUGCUCGCAGACGAUAGAGGGGUCGUGAAUUGUUUGGAACCUCAUCCACAACUACCCUUCAUUUGCACCAGCGGCCUCGAUUGGGAUAUCAAAGUUUGGGUGCCUUCUCGUGAGGAAGCUCCUGAUAUGACAAAUUUGGCUUUAACGGUCAAGGACAAUAUCAGAUCUCGUGUGAACUUGCCAACAUCCAACACGAACGAAACUCAGAUGCUCUUUAUGCUGUGGAGACAUUUGAGGCAAGUCAAUAGACCGAGGGUGAACGUCGCUGACGAGCCAAACGUUUUUUCCCGCUCCGGUGCUCCUGUCGACGACGACGAUGACGACGACAAUGAAACUUCCAGUAAUUCUGUGCUCUCGUCGGACGAUCAUUCCAACGAUGAUGAUAUCGACGACCCCACAGGUUGUGUGCCUUCUUAAUGCAGUCACCGUCUGAAUAGAAGUAUUCCAUCACAAGAUAGUUAACAGGAAGUAACUGAGAUUUACAGAGACUGGUGUGGUGUAAGGUCGUUCGAGUUGUAUUUUGCAAAAUUCUUCUGAAGCGAAACAAGUUAGAUAUUAAAGUUGUUAUCGAUAAAGCAAAAUUGUCCAAA